AUGAUUAUCGAAGAGGAGCCACUGGUGAUUUGCUUAGCUAUGACGGGUGUACUGAGCUUAGCCACGUAUUUCGUCACCAAUCUUAUCCAGUUCACAGCAAUUCGCUUUGUACUGGGACUCUUCACGGGGGGUCACUCAACGGUUGUUGUCGUUUACCUGCUCGAGAACAUUCCUAAGAAAUCAAGAAUGUGGAUUAACACUGCAAUUUCCUACUCCCCAAAUGUGAUAAUUCUUGGAGUAGUCGCUUACUUCUCUCAGCAUUGGAGAAUACUGGCACUGGUGAUAGCAGCUUUGCAUAUUCCAGCUGUUGCAUUGAUACUGUACCUUCAUGAGAGUCCAAGAUGGCUCGUACAGAGAGGGCGAAUGCAUGAAGCCAGACGAGUGAUUCUUGACAUUGCAAGUAUUGACGCCGAUAAAGCCAACAUUGAUGAGAAGAAUCUCGACAAGAUUCUACAAUUGGAACAUGAUCGAUUUGAAAUUAUGGGGAAGAAGAGACACACCUACUGGCAUGUCUUCAGAAAGGCGCACCUCGCAUUGCCUUUGUGCAUCAUUGCAUUCAGCUUGUAAGU